ACUUCCCCAGGGCUCAAUCCAUUGUCCAACCCGCAGAAGUUAGCCUUCCUACGACAACCACCUCCCAUUACCGCGACGCCAGUAUCAGAGUCCGGUACUUUUGGUGAUCGUGCGACCAUGGCCUCACCACCGCAUAUCCCACAGCUCAACGUCCCCGGCAGUCGCAAGCGCGGCAGCAUAUCCUCACACUCCGGCGCGCCCACCAAAAAGCGCAAACCCUCCAACCUACGCAACGCCUUCUCCCCAGAUGCCGAAUCAGUCGGCGGCUCUCCGCGCCAAUACUCGCGUUCUCCGUCCGUGGAAAGUAACAUCACCACUUCAGUCGUCAACGGCAUAGGAGGGAAAAAGCGACGGAAGAAGGGCGGAGACGGAGGCAGUGUCGCAGGCUCAAGCGCAAGAGGUGGCAAAGGUGCCGACGGGCGAAGCGCAAUAGGGGGUGAAGACGAAGAUGGCGACGGCGGAGAAGAAGCAGAAGACGAUGACGACGACGAGAUGGGCGAGGAAAUGGGCAUGGAAAUUGAAGGCGGCAUGAGUGUCGAAGCACGCAGGAAGCAAGAAAAAGAAUACGAACGCAUGCUAGAAGACUUCAUGACCCCAGCCCAAAUGGACCGCUACGCAACCUACCGCCGCAUCCGCCUUAAGCGGGAAACCGUCCGCAAGCUCGUCAACCAAACCCUCUCCCAAUCCGUACCCCAACCCAUCAUCAUCGCCGUAACAUCCUACUCCAAAACCUUCAUCGGCGAACUCAUCGACCGCGCCCUCACCGUCCGUGACGAAUGGUCCGCCGUACGCACGCACCUUCCCAACCCCAACCUACCAGGCCCCAUCCUCAGUCAGAGUCUGGUUCGACCUAGUGCUCAUAUCAAGGAUGAUAGGAAUCGGCCGACCAAUUCAGAUAUCACGAGUGCGGGCUGGUAUCCUACGCAGGUUGAUCGUACAGAGAGUUUAUGGAAGGAGGUGGAGAAGGAUGCUAGUUUGCAGGACAGGCUGAAGGCGUGUGAUAAGGGACCGCUUACGCCGGCGCAUUUGAGAGAGGCAUUGAGGAGGUAUAAGAGGGAUCGGGAUGGCGGGGGUGCUGGGUUUGCGGGUAUGAGUUUGGAGGGUGUGGAGAGGACUAUGGGCAGGACGGGUGGAAGGAGGCUGUUCAAGUGAGGUCUUAUACUCGCGAUGAGGGCAACUUUGAAGCAUAGCGACGGCGUUUGGGACAUGUAUUGCUAGCAUGAGAGUACACUUGGUAGAGAUCUCAAAGUCAGUGGAACGCUGACGAUCAUGCAAUACCACACUACUACGAACAUCUAUCCGCAACAUGUGGACGAACU